CUUAUAAGAGGCUGUUUUACCCAAUUAGUUAACGUAAUGGGUGUAAUUUUUUACAUCCUACGGGAUGUUAAUGUAGACCGCGAGAUUUCCCCGUAGCCUAGGAAACUGCGGGAGCUUUGUAUUUGUCUGGUGGUGAGAUGAUUUCAUACAACUAUUGCAUUGCUCAUCAUAGCUAUGGAGCUACCGGAGCCGAUCAGAAAACGUCUUGGGGAUUUAUCCCGGACAGUUUUCGUUGAUCCGACUCGUACUCAGCCUACACACGAAGAUAAUGUCACGUUCUUGGGACACAAUAGAGAGGUGGUCUCAAGCCUCCCUCUCCAGAUGUCUCUGUUCUUCAACAUGUGUUUUUUCCCGUUGUGGUGGAUCAGCGAGGUACUGAUGCUGCACCUCAAGUAUUCGGCUCUGCCCGACUACUACAAGUUCAUCCUCAUCACCGUCCUCAUCCUCAUGACUUUCAUAGAAGCCAUCAGGCUCUACUUGGGAUAUGCAGGAAAUUUGCAAGAAAAGGUCCCAGAACUGGCCGGAUUCUGGCUGCUUAGUCUCCUCCUCCAGUUUCCUCUGAUCCUUUUCCAGCUGUUCAAUGAGGCAAUUCUUAUCCAGCCUCUGGAGAGAGGAGUCCACAUUGUCCUGGCACUCUUCCUACUUUCACAGGCCUUGUCGGGCUUCGUUGCCCUCAGGUGUAUGGUCCGGCACACAGAGAGCCACUUUCACCUGCGUCAGUUUGAUGGAGUCCAGGAGCUUCGAGCCUGACACGCCCAGGGCUCAGAUGACACAAACAGAGCACAAAACAUGUCUUUGGGUCUCCUUAGUACUUACUGUUUAUAAUUACUUUUUAAAAUUGUCUUUCACACCAUGUGUAUGUGCCUUGAGUUUGGACAGUUGUAAAGAAAUUCAUCAAAUGUUUGGCUUGAUACAUUUUUCAUAUAUUUAGACGCUACUAAAUAUAUUUUAGAAGCGGCAGUGUCUUCUGUGAAGAUAGGAUUUGUAGUUACCGGUACAGUGUUCUACAAUAUAUAUUUUUUUACAUUAAUAUUAAUACAGUGCACUAAAAAUACACUUUCUAUGGUUAUGUUAUGACAUAAAUGUAUGUACUUUAACCCAUUGUUAAUACAAACCAUACCAAGAAAGAUUGUCCUUUCAUUAUGAGAUUCAGAAACAUUACAGAAUAAUUACUUCCAAACAAAUAAUAAUUGUCCUAUUUGGUUGUGAAAUGGGAUAGGCACACAUUCAUGGCAA